AUGACAAUCCACCUCGCCAUCCUCGACGUCGACAUCCCCGUCCGGCCCCACUACCACCGCAACGGCCUCUACAGCACACAAUACCGCUCUAUAAUCGAGCCAGCCGUCCAUCGUCUUAGUCAAUCCCCCCUUCAUCCGGAUCCUAUCAAGCUGGUCGUUUCGAACUGGGAUAUCAUGGGGGGUGUUUAUCCGCCGGAGCAUCUCCUUCAAUCUUCUUCUACUACCACUACUACUACUACUGUCCCCGGCAAUGAUACCACCACCAACAACAACAAUAAAAACGAUAACAAAAUUACAUCCCUCCUAAUAACAGGCUCCGCCUCAAGCGCCUACCAAACAACCACCAACCCGUGGAUAACACCCCUCAAAACAUUCAUCCGCAAAAUCUACUCCCACCACCCGCACAUCAAGCUCAUCGGCGGCUGUUUCGGGCACCAGCUUAUCGCGGCUGCUUUGAUGCCGGACAGCACGCGUGUUGAAGCCUCUCCUCUAGGCAGAGAGGUGGGCGUGCAUGCUGUGCAGCUUACUCCUCGCUUUAGGAAGGCGUUUGGGGCGGUCCUUGGGGGGAAAGGGGAGUUGAGGAUGCAGAUGAUGCAUGGGGAUUGGGUUGUUCCUUCUUCCUCUCCUUCUAAUGGGUAUAUUACUGAAACUACUGGUAGUACUACUGGUAGUACUACUGGGAGUACUCCCGGGGGUAGUACUACUGCAGGUGAUACACCACUAAAAAACGCAACAACCAACAGCAACAAUACUCAUAACGAAGGAAAUAUAAAACCCCCCUGGCUCAACAUCGGCUGGACAAAGCAAUGCCCCAUCCAAGGCCUCUACCUCCCCAACAGAGUCCUAACCCUCCAAGGGCACUUCGAGAUCGACAGCGUUGGGAUGUCCCUCGUGGCGAGGGAAUUCGGGCCUAUCCUAGGCUGGUCUGCGGAGGUAGCACGCGCACAUCAGGAGAGGAUUGCGUGGGAGGGUGGCGUGGAUGAUGGGGAUGUGGUGGCUGACGUUAUUGCUUUGUUUUUGGUGGGUGAACACAUGUUGUCUCCGAACUCAAAGUUGUAA